UGAUUAUGAUUUGUGCUUUUUAGGCACUAGGUAAUAACAAAAGUUGCGUAUGUAAUAAUUUUCAUUUAGUUGCUUCACAAACAACAGUUUAUUAAAGCCAGAACGUAAUAGUGGUAAUACAUUUUACACCAUUUAAACAAUCACGAUACAAUGAGAAAAAUGAGAUGUCUAUUAUUAUAAAAUAUAAAUAGUCAUGAUGACCGAAUGUAAAGUCCCUGUAUUUGUCAGUCCCCAAUCGUUAACUUUUAGUUUGGAGGACAAGCAAUCUCACAGGCAAAUAAUCACACUAUUUAAUCCAUACGACUUUCCAGUCAGAUUCAAAGUUUUUUGUACAUGCACAAAGAAGUAUACUGUAGUUGAACCAGAAGGUUCAAUAAGUGCCAGUUCUCGAGUGGAUAUAGUUGUCAGGCACAAUGCUCCUGCGCCAGCAUUCUGUGACAUCAGAGAUAAAUUCCGAAUACAAAUGCAAUAUUAUACAACCAAAAAAGUUAUUGGAUACAAAGAUGUUGAAACAAUAUUAGUAAGGUCUUCCGAAAAUUUUGAGCUACCAGCUGAAAAUUUUAAGCAAUUACUCAAAAGUGAUAUAUCCGUUGAUAACUAUGAUAAUGAAUCUGAAAUAAGACAAAACUGUAAUACAAUUACUCCAGGACCAAAUUUCACAACUCUAUUUAUGGCUGGUAUAUGUAUUUGCGGAUUACUUUUACCAUCAUCUGAAGAUACAGACAUUCUGAAAUUUCGUAUUUCUUUCAAUUUAAAAUUAGCAUUAGCUUUUGUUUUGGGUAUGACUACAAUAACAAUAUUACAACAUCAAUAAUGCACAGGGAUAUUUUUACUUACAAAUCCGUUUGUUAACAAUAGUUUGAAAUUGUUUUGUACUCAAUGUCUCAAUAUGCUUGUUUCCAUUACUAGUUAUUAGAUAUUAAUUUAUUCUGAAAUCAUUAAUCUAUUAAAAAGAUUAUUAUACUAUGUUUUUACUAUACAUUUAAACAAUUUGAUAUAAUGUAUUAUUGAUUAUAGUUUUAAGAUCUCUAUUAUGUUUCACACAUCAUCAAUCUUCAAGAAUUUCAAUGCCAUACAAUUUGCACUAAUAGAUAAAUAAAUGUAAUAAGACUAUAUUUAAUACAUUUUUGUUUGGAUACUCACUGCCAUCAUAUUUUUUAUGGAUAUUUUUUAAUGUCUUAUCCACUAAUGGAUAAUUGGGUUGUAAAAAAAAAAGAAAAUUGUAAAUAAUAAAUUGUAUUUUAUUUUUUUUUU